AGAGAGCGCGCGCGCACGAGCCCCAAAGCGAGCGACAUGUCCCUGUGGGGAGCAGUGCCUCUGCACCCCAGAGCGAGGAGGACGCGGGGGUCAGAGGUGGCUGCAGGGCGGGCAGAGGAGGGACCUGUGCAGGGGGGUGGGCUGGCGGCCCGGGAGCAGCCAGGAAGGGAGGCCAGCUGGUGACAAGAGAGCCCGCGGGCGCGUCGGGGGCUGGGUGGAGAGCCCGGAAGACUGCAGCCAUGCCUCACAGCUCGGACAGCAGCGACUCCAGCUUCAGCCGCUCUCCUCCCCCGGGCAAGCAGGACUCAUCUGAUGAUGUGAGAAAAGUUCAGAGGAGGGAGAAAAAUCGCAUUGCUGCCCAGAAGAGCCGACAGAGGCAGACGCAGAAGGCUGACACCUUGCACUUGGAGAGUGAAGACCUGGAGAAACAGAACGCGGCUCUGCGCAAGGAGAUCAAGCAGCUCACGGAAGAGAUGAAGUAUUUCACGUCGGUGCUAAGCAGCCAUGAGCCCCUGUGCUCUGUGCUGGCGGCCAGCACGCCCUCGCCCCCCGACGUGGUAUACAGCGCCCAUGCCUUCCACCAGCCUCACGUCAGCUCGCCUCGCUUCCAGCCCUGAGCUCUGAGAGGCGGUGGGGGGCGGACGGAGCCCCCCGCCCCCAGCCACCCUGGCCGGCCUCGGGAGGGGCACACAGACUGUGGCCAGGCUGCCCUCGCCCCUCAGGGCCCUCUCUCCCUCCGGAGACCGGAGGCAGAGGCCCGGACAAGGAUCGAGCGCAGGACUGUACCCGCCGAGAGGGUGUGAGGUCACCCAGCGGCGUGGCCGCCUGUCAGCAUGUGCCGGGCCCCCGUGCGGACGGGAGGCCCAAUCCAGAGUCAAAUCCGACACGAUGCCCAAGUCCCAUGGCACAGAGGGAGGAGGGCAGGGUAGGGUUAUUUUUCUAAAUAAAUUUCUUAAAAGCAACCGGU